AUGAGGCUGACCUCCGAUCCUCACGUCGACGUGAAUGGGUGCCGCGGUUUCAAAGGCAAAGCAGGCCAGGCAUUGAAGUUCCAGACGGACUGGCUUGUGACAUGUUUUACCUCUUGCUCACUUUUCCAUUCUGAUCGCAUCCUCUCUUUAUUACCUAUUCCCUCCUCUGUCUCCAACCUCAGCGACGAGAGGGAAACCUGCAACCGGACCUUGAGGACUUCGGAAACAUAA